AUGAAUACAAAACUUAAGGGUCCUGAAGAUUUUAAAGCCAGCAGUGGCUGGCUUCAUAAAUUCAAAUCUCGACAUGGAAUACGUGAGUUACAAAUUCAAGGUGAAUUAUUGUCAGCCGAUUCAAGUAGCGCUGAAAAUUUAAACAAACAUUCCAAUUAUUUGUGGAAAAAGAAGAAUAUUCUCAAGAUUCCGUUUACAAUGCCGAUGAAAGUGGCACUACCAAAAAAAUCACUUGCUUCUUGUCAAGAACAUGUAGCAUGUGGUCUUAAGGUAUUCAAAGAAAGAGUAACAAUUAUGAUAUGUGCUAAUGCUGCUGGGACCCAUAAAUUGCCAUUACUACUCAUAGGAAAAUCAAAGAAACCACGGUGUUUCAAGAACAUCAAAAGUUUACCUGUAACGUAUAAAACUCAAAAGAAUGCCUGGAUUGACUCUAAGUUAUUUCUUAAUUGGUUUGAAAAUGAUUUCAUAAAAAAUGUAAAAAAAUGGCGUCAGGAUCAUCACAAGACAGGUAAAGUGUUACCAGACAAUGCACCCACUCACCCAUCCACCAAAGUAUUAAAUUUAAUUGAUCCAGAUUAUCAAAUCGUGUUUCUUCCAUCAAACGUAACGUCUUUGAUUCAGCCCAUGGAUCAGGGAAUAAUCGAAAAGUUCAGAAGAAUGUACCGAAAACAAAUGUUGGGGAGACUUUUAUUAAAUUUAGACACUGAAGAGAGUGUUGUUGCAUUUUCAAAAUUAUUGAAUUUGAAACACUGCUGUUACAUGGCAGCAGAUGCCUGGGAUAAUUUGACUGAGAAAAAUUUACAAAAUACUUUGAAGAAGUUUUGGGUUGCUUCUAUGGAGUUAGAAGCCGAAGAAAAAACUGAUCUAAAUAAUCUUGAUGAUUUUGUUGAUUUAUUUAAUGAAAUUCCAGGAUUUAAUGACUGUAAUUAUUAUGACGCUAUUGAUUGGUUAGCGACUGGUGUAAAUGAUCUAGGAUAUCAAAUAUUAAAUAGCGAUGAAAUCAUUUCUUCGUUGCAAAAUGAAGAAAGUGACGAUAGUAAUGAUAAAAGUAUGGGUACACCAAAAGGACCAGCAUCUGCUAAAGCAUUUGCUGCUUUUGAAACUGGUCUUGAGAUGUUUUAA